AUGAGUAAGGGGAAUUCUUGGAAAACCUUUGAUCAACUGCGUUUUUCUCCCGCGAUAUUGCACAGAAAAUCGCGCGUUCAAAAUAUUACUAGGAGAGGAAAGUUUCUUGAAAGUCUUAUUCAAGGAGCCAUAAAUGAAGACGAACUUAACAUUGACGAUACCUCGGAUGAUGAUGUAUCUGUCUGCCCACGAGCUGGAAAUGAUUCCUUGUGUACACAGUAUAUCUCAUCCAUGCCGCGAUCUUUGGACCCGGCAGAAGACACGAUUAAUCUGAAAAACCAGACAGAUUCAGACGACGAACAUAUUUCUGAAGAUGAAUCUUGCCUACAACAAGGCGACGAUAGCUCAGAUUGCAGUGUAUCAGACGAUUGCCAGGAAAUACGGUGUACAAAGACGAGAAUGACUCGUCUAAAUUUACCCGGUAAACAGAAUCGAAAGCGUCGCCGAAUUACGGAUGACAUGGAUGUAACUGUUGUUGCUCAAACAACCGGGUUCAAAAAACCGGAAAUGGUCGUAAGCCCGAAACGAUUCAAAAUUGUUCCUUUGAAACAACGCAUCGCAAACGAGAACUCCAUGGCAUUAGAACAAACAACGACUAGCGAGCCCAAACAAGCAUCGAGCUGGAAACUAUUUGAUAAAUCGUUUUCGGAACAGGAACUAGAUUCCAUUGAAGACAUAAAUUCUUCGCCGGAAAUCGCCGACGAAUCUGGGAAACUAGAGUUGUACAAUAUAGAAGAACUACCAUCGUCCGCAGAAGAUAGCACAAGAGCCAUUACCUCGCCGUUAUCGUUUGCAUUCACGGGAUCAAGCUCCGUUCACGGUAAAUCGCCCAGGAAUAAAGCCAUGAAUCUCAAUCAUCCCAAAGCGUCGUUUCUAGGAACUAUAGGCACCAUACUUAACGACCAAAAAACAAAAAGAAAUUAUUGGCAGCAUACGAUACUUUCUGGGAUGAUCCAACCGGAGCUAAUCGUUAAAGUGCAUGCUAUUGAGCGGUCAUUCGGCCGAAUUAUGCUUACGUUUUACCGAAUGACGAAAGUUGACAACAACAGGGACGAGCGGAUAGAAUAUGUUGUCUUCAUGGAUCAACAAGAUAAACAACUGCAACGAAUACGCGCAGGAAUGGAAGUCGCACUAGAACUAGAUAAGCAAUAUGCGCCUCAUCAAACUGCUUACAAUAAAAUAGUGUAUCUCACUGGAGUGAAGAUAUGUCCCUUGCAUACAGUCACGAAAUAA